AUGGCUGUUUGUGAAUCGUCGUCGGUGGCCUCGUACGCGUCGCAUGACCGACCCCCGCCGAUGAACCCUGAGGUCGGGAUCUACCCGGAGCAUGCAGACGUGUUGGAUGAGGGGAACAUCCCGAACAUCGACUCUCUCGUUCGAGACCUCAAGGUGGUGGAAGCUGUGCAGAUCCCGACGCAACGACGACCUUCAGAUGUAGAUCAGAGUGAUGACCGAGGCAACAAUGGCCCUAUCCGAGGGAACAACUUUCGUGGAUCGGAUGGCGCGCCUGAUCCGGAGCAGGCUCGCGCUGCCAGGGCGGAAGAGGAGAGGGAGCGACUUGAGCGAGAGAUCCGUCUAGCCGAAGAUCCUCAACAGACUUCUAGGCCGGACCCAAGGCUCGAGGAGGAGGAGGAGUUUGUGAAGCAGAGGAUCGAAGAGGUUGAGGAGAGGAUAAGAGUGAUCCUUGCGAACCCUCUUGGACAAGAUGGUCUUGGGCGCAAGAAGGUCUGGAGAGUUCGCCCAUCGUCGCAAGUUUGGACACAAGUGGUGGGAGAGAAGAGCGUGUCUGAAGUUGUAAAACAAUCAGCAAACGUCGUUGCUAGUGGGGCCAUCUCGGCUGUUCGCGGGACCGCAGAAACUGUUGCGAGUGGAGCUACGACUGUAGCAUCAUGGAGCUACAAGCCGACCUUAUGGACUGCAGCUGAGAUCGCUUCUGGGACAGCGUCCAUGGUAGCUACAGGAGCAUACAGGAUAGCUUCAACGGUUGCAACUGGUGUCUAUCAUGGGGCCAACGUGCUGGUGGAGACGGUCGAUGAGCACAAGGACGAGCUGGGAAGGCUGCAGUCGGAACUUUCAGAGCUCUCCGACAGGCUGGGGGCUAUCGAUGCCAAACGAACCAACGCAACGCUGAAGAUUGUCAGCCCGUGCGAGGGUUCUACUUGGUAUUCAAAUCAUGCCUGCAACAUCAUUUGGGAGCAUACCGGAUGCAUUCAGGCACGAGGCCUCUCCAACACCAACUCCUUCACCUACCUCGUCUCCCCUCAGCUAGAGCGCGGAUCUUACUGCCUCCGCAUCGACGGCCCCUGCGACUCCAGAGCUGAUGUUGUGGAUAGACAGUGA